AUGGAUCGGGUUACAGUUGUGAACUACUGCUUAGGACUCCUGGGUUUGUUACUACUGCAGGGAGUGCUAAAUGUGGAGGGCAGGAGCAUAUUCAACCCUGGAAACCAUGUUUUCAAUCCAAAAGAAGACACAGAUCCCCAGAGCAAGAUUCUAGCACUGCUACUACACAAGAGCUUAGUUCCUGUUGAAAAGGAUGAUCCUCUUGGUGUCGAGCUGGCCAAUAAAUUAGCUGAAUUAGAAGAGCUGCGGGCGCUCAGGGAGGACCUGGAGCUGGAGAGAGAGAUCACAGCCAAUUUGGCAGAAGGCAAAUCCAUAACUAGGAAGAGGGGUGAACCUUGCUUCUGGAAGUAUUGUGUCUGACGUGGAUGCAAGAGGAGGAGAACCACUGUGAAAUUUUGCUGCAAAGCCCAACAUAGCCUUAAGACUCAAAACACCAGUAAUAUAAUCACACUGUAUUUAUCCUAGCAAUAUAGAGUUGUACCAUGAUCAAUGUCAUCAAUAAAGAUUUUAUUUCCAUUGCACCGAGUUGCUCUCAUGAGAAAUCUGAGCACUGCGGCGGCACAUCUUUAAUCUGUAAAUAAUCAGCUACUCACUGGAAAUACUUGAGGGUCAGAUAUGACAAAAUGUACUUGACUGCAAAGACAUGUUAUUAUUUUGGCAGGGAUUUUAUUUAACCUACUGCUUGUUUAUGUCGCUCUCUUGUGGCAGCAUUU